AACUGCGUGACGGAAACAUCCGGUGGUUAAAGCCGUCCAACAUGGCGAGUCGCAAGAGCAAUAAGAAGACCCCGGCAGAGGCUGACAAAUAUUCCGUGCUGUUGCCGACAUACAACGAACGGGAAAAUCUGCCCCUGAUCGUGUGGCUGCUGGUGAAAUAUUUUGGCGAGAGCGGCUACAACUAUGAGAUUAUUGUGAUCGACGACGGAAGCCCGGAUGGGACACUACAGAUUGCGGAGCAGCUACAGAAAAUCUACGGAAAGGAUAAGAUUGUCCUGAGACCCAGAGCGAAGAAGUUAGGUUUAGGGACUGCGUAUGUUCAUGGCAUUAAGCAUGCUACUGGAAACUUCAUCAUCAUUAUGGACGCUGAUCUGUCUCAUCAUCCAAAAUUUAUUCCACAAUUUAUUGAAAAACAGAAAGAAGGUGGAUAUGAUUUGGUGUCUGGAACGAGGUACAGAGGAGACGGUGGUGUGUACGGAUGGGACCUACGCCGGAAGCUCAUUAGCCGAGGGGCGAAUUUCAUCACACAGGUGCUGCUGAGACCGGGCGCAUCGGAUCUGACGGGGAGCUUCAGGCUCUAUAAGAAAGAGGUACUGGAGCGCCUGGUGGAGCGGUGUGUGUCUAAAGGCUACGUUUUCCAGAUGGAGAUGAUUGUUCGUGCUCGACAGCUAGGCUACACCGUCGGAGAGGUUCCAAUCUCAUUUGUGGACCGUGUUUAUGGAGAGUCCAAACUGGGAGGAAAUGAAAUUGUCUCUUUCCUGAAAGGAUUACUCACACUGUUUGCCACAACAUGACCCCAUCCCUGGCUCUGUGGCACGCUGUGUGAUGUGGCAAGUUCAUAAAAUCUCCUUCUCAGCCACACAUGCACUCACCUGAUGGUUCUAGAUGAAUUAAAGACCCCAUGCUUACACACUGUAGCUGGCACUACAAAUUACCAUCUGUGGAGUGGAGUCCGAUGUUCUGCUUUGACCAUCGGUUUUCUUGACCGAUCACAUUAGCUGCCAAAACAGAUAUGUUUGUGUUUACUUGCUCAGUGUGUUUAAAAGCACUAGUCUCUAAAUUGGUAUCAGGACCAGAUUUGCACGCAUCAUGCAAUGAUUGAGAAAGUUAUUGUUUUUUUAAUCCCUUGUUUUGUAGUAAAGCGCUGAGUCAGAUGUUACAAGAGAUGUUAUAUUUUGUGCAGCAUCAGUAUGAAAAGGUGUGAAGAAUGCUGAAAUAUGUGAUGUUGCUGAUAAAUAAAUAAAAAUUCCACAAAGGU